AUGUUUCUUCUCUUUUUUAUAUUUAUCUUUUCUUCAUUUAGUGAAGAUUAUGGAGUUUGUUCACCAGGAUUUGCAAUAUCAUCUCCUUCUUAUUAUAUCUCUAAAAUAUCAGGAAUAUUUACAACACCAUAUUUUUGUGUUGAAAUGAAUUUAAGAGCAACAAGAAUUGAAGAAAGUGCUAAAGCAUUUAUUGUUGGAUUUAGUAAUUUUGGGUUAAUUUAUUCAAAUGAAAAUGAUACAGCUAAAGUAUCAAUAUUAUAUUAUAAUUCAGAACAAAAAAUUGAAAAAAUAUUUUCACCAUCUUAUUUUGAAUGGUAUGAUGUUUGUUUAAGUGCAUCAGAAGAUAAUUUAAUUAGUGUAUAUAUUAAUGGUAAAAAACAAACAACUACAUAUCAAGCAAAUCAAAUAAUUAAAGAAAAUGAUAAUAUUUUUAUGUUAUGUACUUCAUCACAAAUAUAUAAUAUUGGAACUAUAAGUGGAUUUAUUUAUGGAAGUCAUAUAUUAACAGAAGAAGAAGUUAUUAAUUAUCAUACAAAACAUAUUAGUCCAUCAAAUGUUAUAUUUAAACAAAAAGCAAGAUUAUCAUAUACUAGUGGAAAUGCAGUUUUUUUUAAUAAUUUAUUAUUUUAUGGAGGAACUAAAAUAUCUGGAGGAAUAAGUAAUUUAAAAACAUCAGUAGGUAUUCCUUUAAUUGAUGAUGGAUGUUAUGAUGGAGCAUUAGAAAAAUUAGCAAUGAGAAGAACAGAUCUUAUUCCAGAUAUUACUAUUAAUAAAGAAAAUUUAGUUACUUUACCAUUUGUUGAAAUAUCUAAUAUGAAAACACAUAAUUCAUAUUUUAUUUUUAAUAAAGAAGGAUCAAUUACAAUUAAUACAUUAGAUACAAAUAUUAAACGAUUUGUUAGAUUAGAAUUUGAUGUUCAAGGAAAUUUUAUUAUUCAAUAUCAAAUGAAUAAUCAAUGGUAUAAUGGAAUAAAUAUUAAAGCAAAUUAUUUUACACCAAAUUAUGUAUUAUAUCUUCCAUAUUAUCUUCUUGGAUCACAAGUAACAUUAAGAAUUAUAACAAUAUCAAUACCAACAUCUGAAAUUAAUCUUUCACUUGAUCCAUUUAUUAAAGAAAUAAGAAUUCAUUAUGGAAUAUGUAAUGGACAUAAUGGAAUGUUUUGUGCUAUUGAUAAUUCAUUUGGAAUUUGUUCAUCAAAUGAAUGUAAUCCUAAAUCAAAAUUAUCAACAAAAACAUUUGAUUUUAAUAAUUAUAAUAUUCCAUCAAGUGUUUCAAGUAUUAUUUUAAAAUCAAAAGAAAAUAAUAAUGUAUUUCUUACAUCAUAUCAAAUAAAAAAUUCAUUAAUAGGAGAAGGAAUUGAUACUAUUUUAGAUACACCAAAUUCUAAAUAUUUUAAAUUUAGUCAAAAUGAAGUAUCAUUUUUAGAAGUAUCAUCAUAUGAUAUUCCAUCAGGAUGGGGAAAAUAUACAAAUGAAUAUACAUAUCUUGUUACAGUUAAAAUAGAAAAUUCAACAACAACAUUAUUUAAAACAUCUUUUUUUGGAUUUACUAUGCAAACAUUAAAUAUUAAUCUUUAUAAAGGAAAACCAACAUUAUCAAUUCUUACAGUAUUAGAAACAAAAGAAAUACCAAUUAAUAAAUGGGUAAAAAUUGGACUUACAGUAAAUUCAACAAGUCUUACAAUGGCAUGUGAUGGAAAAAUUGUACUUAGAGCAAAAAAUGAACAAUAUGUAGAUUAUCUUUCAUCUACAGCAUUUAAAUUUGAAGCAGUAAGAAUGUAUGGAAAUUCAUUUGCAUCAAUUCAAGAAUAUCCUAUUGCUGUUACAGAUAAUGUAUUAAAUACAUUAACAAUAACUGGACUUACAAUAGAUAAUACAUGUUCAACAACAUUACCAAAUAUUUGUAUUAAUAAAAAAGCAUAUUCUCCAUUUGAAAAAAGUUGUUCAAUUAAUUGUAUUGAAUGUGAAAAUGGAAUAUGUCAAGAAUGUAUGAAUAAUUUUGAUUUAUCAACAGGAUGUACAAAAUGUAAAAAAAGAUAUAGUGGAGAAUUAUGUAAUGAAUGUGCAUCAGGAUAUAAAGGAUAUCCUGAAUGUAAAAAUUAUACUACAUCUAUUAUUAUUAUUUCAAUAAUUGGAGGAAUAUUUUUAAUUAUUAUAUUUAUUAUAAUAAUUAUUAUAAUAAUUAUUUUAUUAAGAAAAAGAAAAAUUAAACAAUUAAAAGAAAUAGAAGAAGAUGAAAUGAAAGCAUUAGAAAAUAAUGGAACAGCUCAAUUACUUAAAAAUGCAAGAAAAAAGAAAGUUAUUGUUGGUACAGAAACAUUAAUUGAACUUGGAAAUAAUAUUUAUAUUAAUAAAGCACAUUUAGAUUUUAAUUUAGAUGGAAUAGAACCUGAUAUUGAUACUCCAUUAUUAGAUACUUUAUUAAUUAAAAAUCAUACAGAUAAACAAUUUGUUAUUUGGAUUCAAGUACCAAAAAAAGAUAAAUUCUUUUUACAAUCAGAUAUAGAAAAAGAAAUUCUUGAACCUAGAGCAGAAAUGAAUAUUCAUUUUGAAAUUCAAUUACAUUGUAAUUGUUCAUGUAAAGAAAAAAUUAUUAUUAGAAUAGAAAAUACUAAAACAAAAGAAGAAGAAACUGGAACUAUUGCUUUAGCUAUUUCAACUUAUAAAAGUAAUAAAAUUGAUUUUGAUGAAAUUGAAUUAAAACAACCACCUUUAGGUGAUGGUGCAUUUGGUGUUGUUUAUAGAGGAACUUAUAGAGGAAUUGAAGUUGCUGUAAAAAAAUUAAAAGAAAGAACUGAUAAUAUAGGAGCAAAACAAGAAUUUAAUAAAGAAGUAACAUUAAUGACUAGACUUAGAGGACCAUAUAUUGUUGGAUUUAUUGGAGCAUGUUAUCUUGAAAAAAAAAUGUGUAUAGCAAUUGAAUUUGCUCCUAAUGGAUCAUUAGGUCAUAUAUUAAAGAAAAUUAAAUUAACUUAUGAACAAAAAUUAAAAUUUAUGAUUGAUUGUUGUAAAGGUAUGACAAUGAUGCAUUCUUUUAAUAUUAUUCAUAGAGAUCUUAAACCUGAUAAUUUAUUAAUGUUUUGUGUAGAUCAAAUUAAUCCAAUGAUAGUUAAUUGUAAAAUAACUGAUUUUGGUACAUCUAGAGCAGUACAAGAAUAUGAAGGAAAUUAUACUUGUGGAGUAGGUACUCCUGUAUAUAUGGCACCUGAAUUACUUAGUAAAGAACCUUAUACAAUAACAGCAGAUCAAUUUAGUUUUGCUAUUAUGAUGUAUGAAGUAUAUAUUCAAGGAAAACCUUAUUCUUCUGAUCAAUUUAAAAUGCCUUGGGAUAUUGCUAAAUUUGUUAUUGCAGGAAAAAGAUUAGAACGUAAAGAUAAUAUGACUGAUGUUUGGUGGAAUAUUAUUACUCAAUGUUGGGAUCAUAUUCCUUCUAAAAGACCUACAUUUAAAGAUAUUACAAUUAUUUUACAAAAUGAACUUGCAAAAUUGAUUCCUUCAUUUGCAGAAAAUAAAGAAAUUACAUCUCCACAAAAAUUAAGAGAAGAAUCUAUAGAUCCAAAUAUGAAAACAAAUACAACAACUACUACAACUACUACUACUACAUUAACUUCUACAAUUAAUUCUGAUAUAGGAUAUAAUACAAAUCAAACUGGAAUGUCUAAAUUUAUUAAUACAACAACAGAUGACUUUGAAAUAAAUUAA